GCCAGACAUUGUCUUCCCAGCUUGACUUAAGCUUUGUUCUUUGCGGUUCCGCUAUGAUCUAAACUGGAUAGUGAUCAUUGGCGCACCAUGGCGCUGGAGACGUCUGGCGGUUAUGUUGCUCCCAGCAACCUCGCAGAAGCUGGGGAUUCCGCGCUGUCCAUGUUCGAUGUCCGACAUGUUCAGCUUCAAUUCCCUCUCGCAGCGGACUUUGUGGCCGCGCAGGUAGCCAACAAUGUGCUCGUUCUAGCUUUGUCAACCGGGCGCAUUCUUCGCAUCGAUCUGGAUACGCCCGAGGACAUAGAUGAUAUCGACCUUCCUAAGAAAUCCUCAGAGAUUGGCGUGAUCCGGCGAAUGUUCCUGGAUCCUUCUGCAUCCCAUCUCAUCAUCACAACUACCCUCGGCGAGAACUACUACCUCCACAGUCAAUCCCGUCAACCCAGGCCAUUGUCGCGAAUGAAAGGCGUUUCGAUUGAAAGUAUCGCUUGGAGUCCAUCACACCCAACAGCUUCGACGAGAGAGAUUCUCUUGGGUACUACGGAUGGGCAGAUCUGGGAGGCUUACAUUGAGCCAUCCAGCGAGUUCUAUCGGCGCGAAGAGAGAUAUGCGCAUGCUGUUUUCAAGUCUCUGGAGGGCUCGCCUGUCACGGGUCUGUGGACGGAGUCGAUUCCAGGGAAGCCGGAGCUGAGGCGGGUGCUAAUAGCGACACACGGCAAGUUGCUAAGCUUCCUGGGACGCAUCGGGAGGUACGGACGCGAAGGAGGCAGCCCUGUAUACGCCGAUCUAUUCCAGCGCGAGGCGCCUGUGACCCAUGAGAUCCAGAAGCCCUCUAGCGCCGCCCCAUCGAUGUUGGCGAUCUCGCCAAUCCUCGCAGAUGCACAGAAUACCGGGGGUGUGACGGACAAGGAAUUCGCGUGGCUCAGUUCUCACGGCGUCUUCCACGGCCAACUACAGUACUCGCCUGAUAAGCUCAGCAAACCAUUUGAGACUGCUAGCAUGCUUUCACGGUCUUUGUUUCCUGCGAGCGAAUCUGCGCGAGGGGGGAAGAAGCUCAUUCAGGAUCCAAUCACAGCGGUGACGUUAUCUCAAUGGCAUAUCUUUGCCUUGGUUGAGGGAAGGAUCGUGGCUGUGAAUCGGAUGAGCGAGGAGAUCGUUUUUGAUGAGGCCGUGUUGGAACCAGGACAAAGUGCCUUGGGUCUUUUGACGGACGCGACGCAACAUACUUACUGGCUGUUCACAAGCAGAGAGAUCUACGAGAUUGCAGUUGAGGACGAGGAUAGAGAUGUGUGGAAGGUAUACCUACAGAAGCAGAUGUUUGACCAAGCUCUGAAAUACGCCCGUACCAGUGCUCAAAAAGAUGCCGUCUCCACGGCUUCAGGUGACUACCUAGCAGACAAAGGCCGCUAUCUCGAGGCGGCCGCCGUAUGGGGCAAGAGCAGCAAAGGCUUUGAAGAGGUCUGUCUGACAUUGAUCAACCGUGGAGAGCAUGAUGCGUUGCGCAAGUACUUGUUGUCUCAGCUAUCGACCUACAAGAAGUCCUCUUCGAUGCAACGGAUCAUGGUCGCAAGCUGGCUGGUUGAGGUCUUCAUGACAAAGUUGAAUUCCCUCGAUGAUAACAUCGCUACUCGAGCAGAGCUCGCCGAGGGAACCAGCACAGAGGAAGUUAAGGAUGAGCUGAGCACUGUCCGAGCUGAGUUCCAGGAUUUCGUCAUUCGGUAUCGGUCCGAUCUGGACAAGAAAACGGCGUACGAUAUUGUCAGCAGCCACGGCCGCGAAGAGGAGCUGCUUUUCUUUGCUACAACAGUCAAUGAUUACAACUACGUUCUCUCUUACUGGACCCUGCGAGAAAAAUGGGCCGAGGCACUCAAUGUCCUGCAACGGCAAAGUGACCCGGACGUGUUCUACAAAUAUAGCAGUGUCCUUAUGACACAUGCUGCUGCCGGGCUGGUCGACAUCUUGAUGCGACAGACCAAUCUGGAGCCGGAGCGACUGAUACCUGCUUUACUCAAUUAUAACAAGACGGUUAAUGUCCCGUUGGGGCAAAAUCAGGCCGUACGAUACCUCAACUUCAUCAUCGUCAAUCACCCAAACCCAUCCGCCGCCGUCCACAAUACCCUUAUAUCGAUUCAUGCCUCCAGCCCCUCGACGUCGGAGGCAGGACUUCUCACGUAUCUGCAAUCACAACAAUCGUCGCCUCCACCGUAUGAUGCCGACUUUGCCCUGCGUCUCUGCAUCCAACACCAGCGCGUGCAAUCGUGCGUUCACAUUUACAGCGCCAUGGGGCAAUAUCUUCAAGCGGUGGAGCUGGCUUUGCAGCAUGAAGACAUUGAGCUCGCGGCAAUUGUGGCCGACCGGCCGGAAGGAAACGACAAGCUCCGAAAGAAGCUCUGGCUCCUUGUCGCAGAGAAAAAGAUCCGGCAGCCCGGAACGGGCAUCAAGGAUGCGAUUGAAUUCCUUCGCCGAUGCGAGCUGCUCCGCAUCGAGGACCUCAUUCCGUUCUUCCCGGACUUUGUCGUCAUCGACGACUUCAAGGACGAGAUCUGCAGUGCGUUGGAGGAUUACUCCCGGCAUAUCGACCGGCUGCGGCAGGAGAUGGACAACUCGGCGCACACGGCCCGGCAGAUCCGCACGGAGAUUGCGGCGCUCGACACGCGCUACGCCAUCGUGGAGCCUGGGGAGAAGUGCUGGCUCUGCUCAUUGCCCGUGCUCAGCCGACAAUUCUUUGUGUUUCCGUGUCAGCACGCUUUCCACAGCGACUGCUUGGGCAAAGAGGUUCUUGAGGGCGCCGGGGGUAAGAAGAAGUAUAUCCGCGACUUGCAGGCACAGCUCAAUAAGGGGACGCUCAGUGCGGCGCGCCGAGAGGAAGUUGUACGUGAGCUCGAUGGGUUAAUCGCGGAAGCAUGUAUCCUCUGCGGCGACCAUGCUAUUAAGCAGAUUGAUCGGCCAUUUAUUGAGGGCUCGGAGGGAGUGGAUGAUUGGACGCUGUAAAUGAAGAGUCGUAUGUAAGAUCUGAUGAGUUGGGUUCUGCAUUAUGAGCGUG